CUGUGCUUAGGGUUUUGAGUAAAACCGGUGAAAGGAAAUGGUUCUCAGAGUUUUACUUCUUAAUCCUAUUUCCUCCGAGGGAAGCGUGUCUGGGAUCUUUGUUGGAUGAUAUUUUUAUUUCAGAAGUGGAUGAACCCGAUUGAUCGUCGGAAAUGUUAACGUCCAAUUUCCCCCUUUUCCGUUCGUGGUUUUUCUCUUCCUCCAGUGAACCGCUGUUCUGCUCCCAAAUAUGCGAUGUUCUUCUUCGAGUUCGCGUCCUCCGCCAGAUUAUUGGGUGCCCAUUUCGAUUUUUGCAUUGCCAACUCGAUUACUAGGGAUUUCAUGUAGAAAUUUUGCGUGUCCAGCCAGAUUUCUGGGGGAUCGUCUGAGAACGUUUGAAUCCCAGCCGCUAGGUUUCUACAUUGAGCGCGCUGAAGUGGAAUGGAUUCGUCGCCUGUGAUUGUCGAUAUUAGUUCCGACGACGGUAAUGACGACGAGGAUUCGCCGUUCAACUUGCUGCCAGAUCUCUUUGACAACGCGGGUGAACUGAACGAUGUCUUGAUUGUCGAUGAGUUGCCCCCUUGCUUGCCAAACAAGCGGAACCGGGACUGCUCGGCUGACGAGUUAAUCUGUUAUGCCGUCAAUCCAAAGCGAAGCUGUCCUCCUCCGACGGAGAAUGAUCCCGACGACGAUUGCCUGAUACUUGACGGUGACCCUGACAAGCCGAACAUGAUUCCGGACAAGAAUUGCGAUAGCUCUAAUGAUUUGGUUGUUAUCGGCGAGAAAGGACCGGUAGCCUGCAGAGACUUUCCCCAUUCACGUCAUUUAUGUGUCAAGUUUCCUUUCAAAGCAACUCCACAUCAGAAAUUCUGUGACUUGUGCCACUGUUAUGUCUGUGACUUACCAGCUCCAUGUGCUUUCUGGGGGAGUGGUGGCUCUCCUACUGAUCAUUGCCACUCUUCUGAUCGUGAAGAGAAAUGGAAGGCUCAAAGGAAAAACUUCAAAUUAGGAUUCUCACCUGCAGCGUCACUUCUGCCUACAAAAGCAACCUUUUCCAUGACUUCAACUGCAUGUGAUCCUGGAACCCCAUUGUCUCUAUCUCAUGGCAUGACCUUGAAUUCAAUUCCAUUGCAAUCCUCUGUCUCCAGAUCAAGCCGACACAUCUCUCGCGACUGUAGCAAUGCGGUAGGUUCCCUACCGGGCAUCAUAAGGCACAGACGCAAUAUGCAGUCAACUUUCAGCCAUAACAUGGAUGGCUUUCCCAGGUUAGGCCAGCAAAGAAAUCGUCCUUCCCAGAAUGUUCCACGCAUUUCACGCUGCAAGAUUGUAGAUUACUUUCCUUGCCAAUGUGCACCUGUUGUUACUCAAGCUUCUACAACAAGCAGUCAGGUUAUGAAUUGUUCACAUAGUCAUCAACGGGCUCUGACAGCCACAUCCAUGUCACACAUACAACGCUGCCCAAAACUGGGGCCAACGGAUAAUUUCCAUCUUGCUAGGGUGGAGGAAUUUCUUUUAGGUGACGACUCAGAGUUGAUUACCUCACAGAAUCUCUAUUCAGACGGCAGCAGUGAACAUCCAUGUACUUCAUCCAUCACAUCUAAUCCAACAUAUACAUGCCCAUUGCCAGCGUCCACAGCGUCAAAUUUCAAUUAUGUUGCUUCUACUGAAUCUCAAUCCGAUGUAUAUGUCUCCAACACAGAGGUUACUGUUGCUGAUGUUGCAGAAUUACCAGCUUUGAGCUUUGAUUGGGUAGAUGGUACGUUAUCAGCACCUUUGUCUGUGGAUCCUGAGCUUCCAUUGGCAGAUCCUGUCGAUCCAGAGAUUGUUGUGUCCGAAGCUUUGUGCCUCACUGUCACAUCAGGUGACUGUAACUUGAAGUCUCCAGGAGAACCUUGGCUAUUUCAAUUGCAGCUAGCUGACAGGGAUCCAUUGAUCCCAGAACUGAGUACUGUCCUGCCUCCAUCACCAUUUGGCCAAUCUGUUAUUGGGAUAGAUGGAGAGAGAAAUGGUGAUUGAUCUACUUAUUUUUGAUUCCUGGAAACUCAUGGUUCUUCAGAGCUGUUGUAAUCAGGUAAUGUUCUCUCUUAGUCCUUUUGCUUCUUCAGCUUCUGAAUCUCUGUUGGUCUUGCUACGAUACUCGCUGUUUCCAGCUUCUGUACAUAUCUUGGCUGGUGGGAGUCCUCUCACUAAGAUCUCUCUAGGAGCACGUCACGGAAUUUUCUAUGUAUAUAGUGAGCAGUCACAAAAUCUGGUGUGGCGCCAAAGGCUGAUUGUUCAUCCUUACGUGAGACUAGGGUUUUAGCAGCUACCAUCAUAAAUUGUACAGACUUUGCAAAUGACAUCUGAGACUUGGUCUGGUGUGGUGCCAAAGACUGAUUGUUCAUCCUUACGUGAGACUAGGAUUUUGUUAGUUGCCAUCAUAAAUUGUACAGACUUUGCAAGUGGCAUCUAAGAUUUGAACUGCAAUUGCUAAAAAUUUGUAAGAUUUCUUCGCUAUAAACAUGGCCAACUUUGAGAAAUAAUUUGAUCGUGCUGCAUUACCGCAAUUUAUGUAUAUACUCUGGAUUUGUUCGGCCGGCGUUUAAUACACCUUAUCUCUAUGGUAGACAUUGUGAUUUUACAGAUUCCAGUU